AAUUAUCUGUAGGCAAAUUACAGUAAUUAUAGUAAGCAGUAAGCAAGCGGCAAGUCUAUUUUAUUAACAGAAUUUAAAUUGUUUUAAUAUUUAUGUAACAUUUCAAUCGAUUCCGCUUGUUAUAGUUAGUAUUUAAUAUCUUACAUUCAGUUAAAAAAUCAUGUGCUACAAACUUUUAUGUUCUAUUUUAACGUAGAUUUGGCCCUUUUAAUUUUGGUGAUCUGAUAAAAUUAAAAUCCAACAAGAUGUUUAAUUACAAGUAUUUAUCUCGGGAACAUCUCGAAGGAUUUGACAAUUACAAGUACAUGUCCAAAGACACUAGUCCUCUCAGUGUUUAUGUUAUGCACCCAUUUUGGAAUAAAGUUGUAGAGCUAGUACCAAGAUGGGUUGCACCAAAUGUUUUAACAUUUUCGGGAUUUCUCCUCACUGUACUCGAUUUCAUACUAUUGUCAUACUAUGAUUAUGACUACACGGCAGCUAGUGCAGUGGUGAAAAACGAAACUGUGGUUGAACCACUGAAUGGCAGAACUGAAGUAAUACCCCAAAGGCUGUGGUAUUUUCUGUCAGUGUUCCUGUUUUUGGCAUAUACUCUGGAUGGUAUUGAUGGUAAACAGGCCCGUAGAACACAAACAUCAGGCCCGCUUGGUGAACUCUUUGACCAUGGACUGGAUUCAUACUCAGUUUUCUUCAUACCUGCUUGUCUUUAUUCCAUAUUUGGUCGACUGGACUUCUCUAUUCCCCCUAUAAGAAUGUAUUAUGUGAUGUGGAAUCUUCUUUUGAAUUUCUACAUAAGCCAUUGGGAGAAAUACAAUACUGGAGUAUUGUUCCUGCCCUGGGGAUACGAUUUUAGUAUGUGGGCAUCAACAUUUUUCUUUAUGUGGACUGGGGUAAAGGGAACAGGGUACUAUAAAAAGUACAUUUUUGGCAGCUAUACCUUAGCCAAUGCCUUCGAGUGGGUCAUAUAUGGAACGGGUGUCUUCACCAAUCUACCUGUUGCCUUGUAUAAUAUUUAUUUGUCAUACAAACUUCGAACCGGCAAAAUGCGUAAUCCCUUAGAGGCGAUACGGCCCCUUUGGUCAAUUUUGAGUGUUUUUCUGGUCUCAUCGGUGUGGGUCCAUAAGUCACAUUUGGUGGAGAUAGAGCCAAGAGGAGUGUUCCUGCUGAUAGGCACUUUGUUUAGUAACGUUGCUUGCCGGCUGAUAGUUAGUCAAAUGAGUAAUCAGAGAUGCGAUGCGAUCAACUGGCUCCUAUGGCCGUUAAGCUGCAGUGUCAUAGCGUCAAUUGUAUUCCCGGGAUACGACCUGCCUAUAUUCUACGCUCUGACGCUGCUAGUAAUCGUUGCUCAUGUGCAUUAUGGCGCUUGUGUGGUACGACAAAUGUGUGAUCACUUCAGAAUAAGAUGUUUCCUCAUAAAACAACGUGCAGAUUGACUUUUAGAUGACAAUGUGUGCUGAUAACAUAACAUAACGUUCAUGGCAUUUAUUCAAAAUUCGAAUUCAAAGACAUUUACUGUCAACAUGUGACAUAUACAUGACAGUUGACAUGUGUCAAAUGCAAUGUAUUAGACAAUCAUGUCUUUUCUAUUAUAUAUUUUGAAAUGAAUUUAAAGAAUAUUAAAUUAAUUUCAUUAUGUUUGACUAAAACUUAAUCAUAUCAGUUAACAACGGGUUUAUUUUAAUAAUGGAUACUUUUGAUGAUUUUUUAAAGUUUCACUGUAGUUUUAACUGGUUUUUGACCUGACAAUCGUGACGUCUAAUAAAUCGAUGAACACCGGCUCGCACACACGGAAAAGCAUGACUCAUUGUGCGCUUGCGCAUCUAUCUCUCUUCCACUCGAAGACUUAGUAUACAAUCAUUUCACCAAUAUUUGGUUACGACGUCACGUUGUCCGUAGACCCGCAUUACAUACUAAAGAUUUUUUUAUAUUCCCUGUAGAACUAAACCGUUCACUCAGUUUUUGUCUCAUGCUCACAAUUUAUAACAUUCCCUGUGAACAAAUAUUUAAAUAGUAUCGAGUAAACUAUACGAAUACGCACUCUAUACUAUUGUUGUUAUCGACUAUUAUGCCCACAGAGCGCUCAAGUUUUUCAUACAAUAAUAAAGUGUAAUUAUCCAAUUACUUUAACUAUUCUCAUUUACAUUUUAAAAUGAAAGAUAUUUAUGAAUAAUUGCAUUCUUUUUAACAAGCCUUUUUCGUCUCAUUCGUGCAUAUAGUGUUUACGAUGAAAAGGGACAUUAAAAACAGUGCAAUUAAAUUAGUUUUGUGAUUUCGGAUUCCUAAACAAAUUAAAUAUUUAAUUUCAUUAGAUUUUUAAUGUGCUUUAUCUGUGGCCAAAUCCGGAUUACGAUUUAAGAUUAGCAGGUUGGCAUUAUACACUUACAUUGAUGUGCAUCUGUGGAAGCGGAUUUUUUGGCGCGUUUAUGUUAUGUUACUGUGUUAUUACAGUUUUUACAUUUUAAAGCACGCAUUGUCAUAUAGUUUGAAUAAUAUUAGUUAUAAGUAUAUUUUUUUAUGUAUAUAUGGGUUCUUUUGACCAAAAUAGAAAAUGCAUAUAGAAAUCGAGAUUUUUUCCUUAAUAUUUAGUCCUUUGUAUAGAAUUGGUAUUGCUUAUAUCAACUGAAUCUGUAUGUUUCGAUGUAAAAAUAUAUUAUAUAUAUAUAUAAAUAUAAUAAUUAUUACCUAUUGGAAGUUACAGUACUGGGGACUUAGUCAAGACUUAACAGUCAAAAACUAAAUGUGUAUGAAAAUUUUUGGCACGAAUUUACUUUCAUACAAAUAAGUUUUCGACUAGUCAUCUUGUAGAAGCCCCUUGGUCCUUUUAUAUAGUUUUAAAAGAAGCUCAAUUAAUUUUUUAUAGUACUCACACAUUCACAGUUUUGUUGCUCAUUGCAUUGUACCAUUUUCUCUACAAAAAUGUAGGUUUUAGAUAUAAAAACAUUUGACCGGUUUUUCACAGGAAAACCAUAUAGAACUUUUGCAUGUUUUUCCUUAAUACAUAUGUUUCCUUUAUUCCCGCCGAUUUUAAAUACUGCUCUUUAAAACGUUUGAUAUAUUCAGUUAACCUGCUUUUGAACUUAGGGUAAAAUAGAGACGAGACUAACCGCCAAGUGUGAUUUGUAUGUCAAAAACUUAUAUGAUUUUGACAUAUGGAAGUCAUAGACAAAGAAUUCCCGCGUAUCUUAUACUAAGACAUAAACAUAUAAUCAAUUGUUAUUAUUUUAAGAUUUUUUAAUAUAGUAUUAACAAAUAUUUAUUCCGAUUAAAUUAUGUAAUUUGUGUAUUAUUUAUAUAAUAUUAUAUAAAAAUAUAAUUAGACAAAAAGAGACCACAAUAUUUUUGAAAGGACAGCUUAGUUUGACUCAUUUUGUUUUUAUAAAUGUUUUAAUCUGUAUAUAAAGUUGAUUUUCUUCAUGAAUGUAAACCUGCCAACGCGUUAAUUUAGCUACGCUAUUAUAUUUUACUUAUGAACCUGAUUUAAAUAAAUUGAUUAAUAGGAUAAUGAGAUUGGUUUUUCAGCGCCUUUUAUAAGCAUUAAAGAAUUCGUAUUUGCAGUCAUGUCAAUUAAAAUUACUUUGACGCAAACAAAAAUAUGUAACAAAAAUCCUGUUCACUUUCACUCAAACGAAUAUAACGUCUCGUAGAAAUAACGAUUGGUAUUUAACGGGGCUGUUGAUGUUUGCCAAACUCAUGUCAAUAUACUUUGCCUUUUUGCUUUUCACCUAACAGGGUAAUUGUUACAUAUUCAUAUAUUAUUAACAGUAUUCAGAACGAAGGUUGUAUGAAGAUGUUGUAUUUAGCUUUUAAUCUUGACCUAGCUUAGUACAAUUGCCUUAUAAGUACUUUACACAUAAAUCAUAUCUAGCAGCUGCCUUUACAUUUUAAUUGUAGAAUUUACUCCACUGGAGAAUUUUAAGUAAAUAAGUUCAUUAAGCAGCCAGCCUUGUACCAGAUCGUAUAAUUAAAUACUCACAUGAACAUUCUAGUUAUAACUGACAGACUCACACAAACAUUCUGGUUAACUGACAGACUCACACAAACAUUCUAGUUAUUACUGUUUAUUAAAAAAAAAAAUUUCAAUGUAUGUGUAAACUCUAUAUAACGACACUCAAGGGACCGUCCAUAUUAUAACGUUUCAAAGACUUGUCGUUAAAUGGAAACAAGAAAAAUCUGUAUUAAAAAAAGUUUAUUUCAGACUAUUGUUGGUAAUUACCUAGAAAUUAUAUUGUACUUUUUUACUUAUUUUAUUCAUAUCUUGCGAUAUUAAGGCAUCUUCGUGAUAAAGCAUGUACAAGCAAUCCGAAUUUGUAAUAAAAAGAACAACGAAGAAAGCUUGGUAGGUAUGAUGCUGAUAGUCAAGUUUAAUAUGGACUAGGACAAUAAAGCAAGAAAAUAAUGUACACAGGCAGUAAUUAUUGAAGGUAGAUGUAAUGCUAUGUAGACUGUAUCAUUGUAUAAAAUGCAAGCUAAACCAACAGAACCAAGUGAUUUUGAAGCUUUAGGGGGUUGUCAUUAAAUCGAAGGACGCUACAUAGAGUUUACACUGUAUAUCCAAAUUGUAAUUGAUUUUACAAUGAGAUUGUAUUUUGUUAAAAUGAUAUUGUAGGUUGACUUUACUGGUUAGUGGCUACCCUGGCCUCUAGAAAAGAAUACUUUGCAACAGGCUCAAGUUUGGUCAGGUGACCAUUUCCAUCCAAUAGAUGUUCAGAAUUUAAAAUUAAAAAUAGGCCCAUGCAUUUCUGUGCAAAGUAUAGAAACAGCUAGAAUAAAAUUAAACAGUAUUAUAUAUUUUUAUGCUUAAUCUUUUAUGUGUGUUAUAUUUAUUGGUAUUUUUAGCUAUGGCAAUUCACAAUAUGAAUUGAGCCUCAAUACCUCAUUAAGUUGACUCAAUAGAAAUUAU